AUGAGUUUAGACGGAAAGAUAGUUUCUAAAAUAAAUGAAAAAGAGGAUAAAAAACCUUAUGAUCAAAAUGAUAUAGAGCAAAAAUGCUUAAAUGAUAUGAAUGAGUAUCUUAAAAAGUUAGAUAUUCAUGAUUAGUGGGCUUUAUAUGAUGAAAUUAGAGUUAUUGGAUAGCCUAAUAGGUUGAUCUACUAUCCAGUAGUGGCAUGUUUAUUUAUAGGUUUAUUUUAUCUUUCGUCGUUAGGUAGAUUCCAUAGAUACUAAGAUGCCUUCGUUUAUUUAUGUUCAUUUGUAUUAGCAAUUGCUGUAAAAUUUAUACUACCAAAAGCAUCUUACAUAAUAUAGUUUGCUUCUAAAAAGAAAUAUGAAAUUAAUAAGAGUAAUGAGCCUUUGAAAUUCAUAAUUGUGAAAGAGAUGUAUGAACAUAUCAAAAAAGUAGAUACAUUAAUUAGAACUGCAAAAAUUGACAACUUUAAAAAGAAAAAAUGA